GGAGCUUUUAUUUUGAAGACUUCGGAAGUGUUACGUUUGUUUGUUGCUGCUAACCAUAGGACUAUAGCUGUGUGUAGCUUGUCAAGGUUGGUAAUAUGCGUUUCUGUGUGUUUUCUGAAAGCAGUUCCCUCUGACAAGUAAUAAUGACAAACGUAGAAGACGGAAAACCUCGGUUUUAUACCUGUGAAUGUUUCACUACUGAUAAUAUUUUCCUGGAGGACUACAAGCUCCAUGUUAGCUUUUUAUCCGAGCAGCAGUUUAGACUGGACUAUCAGUCACUGCUGAGGAGCCUAGGCUGCGUCACGGAACAGCAGUUUGAGGAUGUUCUCUCUAAGAUUUCACAGGAAGUGGACAGGCGUCGACGUCUCAGUGUGACAUCUGCUGAGAGAGCUGCUGCUAUAAAAGACAUUUACCAGCCCCUCCAUCCUCAUGUCUACCAUCUGCAGGAGUCCUACCUGGCACCAAAGUUCAAGCAGAUUGUCAAGUACUGCCAAAGCAGUGACACCAGUGAAGAAGGUCUCCUGGGCCUUUUGGAGGAAGAGGCAGCUCCGAGGGUGUAUCGCUUCCCCGUGUUUGAAAAAAGCUUCUGCGAGGAGCUGGUGGAGGAGCUGGAGCACUUUGAGCAGGCUCCCACCCCUAAAGGAAGACCCAACACCAUGAACCGCUAUGGGAUCCUCCUGAAUGAACUGGGUUUUGAUGAGGGCUUCAUUACACCUCUUCGUGAGCAGUACUUGGGUCCGCUCACCACCCUGCUGUAUCCGGACUGUGGGGGGAGCUGUCUGGACAGCCACAAGGCCUUUGUGGUCAAAUAUGACAUGAAUGAAGACGUGGACCUGAGCUACCAUUACGACAAUGCGGAGGUCACGCUUAAUGUUUCCCUGGGCAAGGACUUCACUGAGGGCAACCUUUAUUUUGGUGACAUGAGACAGGUUCCUUUAAGCGAGACAGAGUGUUCAGAGGUUGAACACAAGGUGACUGAGGGUCUCCUCCACCGUGGCCAGCACAUGCACGGGGCCCUGCCCAUCUCCUCUGGCCAGCGCUGGAACCUCAUCGUCUGGAUGAGAGCCUCAAAGGAGCGCAACAAAUUGUGCCCCAUGUGUAACAGGAAGCCGACGCUGGCGGAAGGAGAGGGCUUCGCUGACGGCUUCACUAAACACUCUGAAGCAUCACUGAAUGCUUCCUGUGUGCUGACGUGAUGUAUCCAGCUGCUAUCAACCUUUUCUUUAAAAGACUGUGUAGGGUUUUGAUACCCCCAGGUCGCUGUAUUGAAAAAGACACUGGCAGACAGUAGUGUAUGCUGCUACCUCCACCGAGGCUGUAGGAAUAAAUGGCUGUGGUUCAUCCAGUCUAAACUUUGUGUCUGGUGACAGGGUGAUUUCGACUGAUAUGCUGUGGUUUGACUGUGGCCGAGUUAAUCGAGACAGCAUUAAAGAAAACCGGUAAAUGGAAUGAGGUAUUUUGACUGUAUUCCAAAAUAAUG